AUGAGUAAGAAGCAGAAGCAAGAAGACGAGUGCAAGGAGACUCAGUUGGGAGAGAUUGUGGGAUUGGAAGCGAUCUAUCCGGGUUGCUUGAAGGUUAUAAAUGGUGGUUGUUUUACAAGUGAUGAAUUGAAUGUGUUCGGUUUAUGUGUGGCGGAAGAGGGCAUUGAUGUGCAUGGUUUGUGGGCAAUGAAUGAUGAGAGUUCGGUGUUAGUGGAGAUAGGUUCGGAGAUAAAGAGUGGUUUAGCACGUUUAGUACAAUUCCGGUUGUUGAUUUCAUUAGAGUUGGAAGUAGGGAAGAUACGGGAGGAGCAGCCUCGAUUCGUUGUUAAGGUGGUAUACCCACGGGGGUAUCCACCGGAAUUACCGGCGGUAACGUUAAUGUUCCGUGGCUUUAUGACUCAGGAGGCUUGGACACAGUUGGUGGAAGAUUGUCGGGUUGUGUUACGCGAUUCACAACCGCUUUUUCGGGAACGGAUUAUUCCGUUAUGCGACUUGCUCCUUAAAGCGUUGGAACAAUUAUGUGCAACAAGCCAAGACAAUGUGUGGCGAAAAAUUAACAAGUUAACUCCCAAAUCUGCCCGUGCUAAAAGCCAACUCAAUGAACUUGUACCCGCCACAACGGACCAGUUGUCCAGCUCUGGUGAUACGGACAAUGAAGAUGCGCGCUCCCGAUUCCACGCUGACGUACUUAAAGAGAUCGGACGCAAAAUCCAAGACCAAGAACUGCUUGCUCCAGAUCAUUCCAGCUCUCUCGAAAGCAGUCAGACCGACUCUCAAUCCGACUUCCAUACCGACUUCAGCUCUUCCGCGGCUUUUACCGACGAGGAAGGCGAACCAAGCGAUAUGACGCUGCUGUUGAACCCCCUCGACAUGUACGCCUUCCAGCCCACGCGUGUGAAGCGACGCGCCAAGACACGCAAAGUCCAGGUCCGACGCGACCUGGCGGUGGCGCCCCUGGCACCCCCGGGCCGUAGCACCCGCAAGAUGGUCAAUUUAGGCCGCCGCGCGGGCGAGAAAACGAUCCCCGUUUUGCACCGUACAGUCAGCCUGCCGCGGCUUCUGGGGGCUUCACGCAGCAGCAGUCGGCUACUGAGUGACUUCGCGUCCUUCACCCAGUUCGACCCGGGCGAUGGAGUAAUCAUGUCCCUAGCGGCAGCGAACAAGAUCGACAAACGCACUUACUGGAUUCGGAUUGUUCGAAUCGAACACGUGUUGGCGCGUCUGCAGCUCCUAGCGGGCGUGGAUAAAGUUGCGAGCUACUUCGUCUCUGCCAUCCAAUCCUUCUCGCAUAUGGAGCAUCCCCACAUCGGUCGGGUCUACUCCACUUGGCUCGAGUCCGUUAAUAUAGGCGCCCUUUCCCAGCUCCUGCCUGCACAUGGCGCUAAACGCACCAUUUCCGCCCCUGGCCCGCUUGCUCGUGUCGGGCCCCUGACCGGCGCCCGCGCCGGGCCAGGCGAGGUCUGCUGCGUGGUGCAACUCGACCAGCCGGUCAUGCCGCGGCUCAUGAGUGCGGAAGGCGCUCGCAUGCACGCACGAGUGUCCAAACUGCCUUCACGCAUCUUCCAACAGUCACUCGAGACCAUCUGCUUCUUGCACCGUCACAACAUGGCCUUUCUCUGCGACUACUCCGACGUACGAGCAACCACCGAUGACCUCGGACUCAACAUCAGCCUCCAGUACCCGUCCUUCCACGUCCUCCUCACGCUCGCGAUACAGAACCUGCUCACCCUCGGUGUCGACGCAGCACCCGCCUCCGGCGCAGUUGCAGAACCCAGACUCCUCGGGCAGACAAUCGCACCUGGGCAGACAAUCCCACCUGGGCAGACCAUCCCACCUGGGCAGACCAUCCCACCUGGGCAGACCAUCCCGCCUGGGCAGACCAUCCUACCCGGGCAGACCCCCAGGACGGUCAAUGCAGGUUUAUUACGGGUCUCGCACACAGUAGGAGGGUAUGGUGCCCGCAAGACCUUGACGCCGUUCCAAAUCGUUGCGCAGACGUUGGGAUUGUCGCCGAUCGUGAGUCGCUGUCUGGAGGCGCAUAAUGCGGUGUGUUUCUCGGCUGUCAAAUCACCGGCGGGGGCUUGCGAGGUCUUGCGUAAGGCUGAUCUAGUUCUCUUCUGUGACUCAAUGGUUAAGUUGCUUAAAUUCUUUGAGAAGGAAACUGGGAAAGGACAAGACCCCUCGCUCCUCGCUCAGUGUGCCGCAGUUCUCAAUUUCAAGACCCUCGACAGCGUCCCCGACCCCGUCGACUUCAUGCAGUCGUCCCAUCUACUUGUCCAUAGAGACGACCUCAAACAUCUCCUCUACGCACUAUCCAAUCCCGCUUCUCAUGAAAGCCACCUCCUCCUAGAUAGACUCCUUACCCGAAAGCUCGAGGCCAGAAGAACCGUUCCCUAUCUCUUCCAGUCACGCGAGGAUCUCCUCGCACUCGGCUGGAUCGACGACCUAGCAGACAAACUGUCU